CUUUACCAGUCGCAGCAACGCCAGGCUCUUUCUCAUUCAAAGAGCAACACUGCGCAAAUAUGAAGCUUUCAAACCAGUCAGAGGUGCCAGUAUAUACAAUCUCUGGAUCGAACACUGCCCGGCCACUUCCUGAAUGGCUUGCUAGACAGAGAAAGCGCAGUCUUAAAAAUGAUCCGGAGUAUGCGAAUCGCGUUGAAUUGUUACAAGAUUUCGAGUUCGAAGAAGCCAGUCAAUGUGUAAGAGUCAGUGAAGAUGGGGAGUGGGUUAUGAGUACAGGAACCUACAAGCCCCAGAUUCAUACACACUAUCUUCCACAGUUAUCCCUCUCAUGGGCUCGUCAUACGGACGCAUUAAACACCACAUUCCUUCUUCUUUCCUCCGACUACUCUAAAUCCCUCCAUUUACAGUCCGAUCGCUCACUUCAGUUCCACACGCCUGGAGGGUGUCAUUACACAACGAGACUUCCCAGAUAUGGCCGUGAUCUAGUUUACGAUAGACAAUCUACCGAAGCAUUAGUCCCAUCGGUCGGUGUGAACCAGGAUGGUAUGGGUGAGGUUUUUCGACUUAAUUUGGAGAUGGGCCGAUACAUGCGGAGUUUCGAGAUUGAUGUUGGUGGCGAUGAUUUCACAUCUUCCGGUGGAGGUUCGUUGCAAGGUGGUAUAAAUACAGGGGCUGUCAACACGGGAGCUAUUGCGGAGGAAAGUCACAAUCUACUCGCCUUCGGAACUACGUUAGGUACGGUGGAACUCUGGGACCCGAGAGCUAAAGGCAGGGCAGGAAUCUUGUUACCGCCUACACAAUCCGGCCCAGAUGAAGCCCGCAAUGAGAUUACAGCCUUGGAAUUCCACCGCUCAGGCCUGACACUCGGUACUGGCUCUUCGAAUGGCCUCAUCCACCUGUACGAUCUUCGUUCGCCGGUUCCUCUGCUCAAGAAAGACCAAGGAUACGGAUUCCCUAUUCAUACUCUUAAGUUCUUGCAGCCUUCGUCAUUGACGCGCGAACAGACCAUAGAGCCUAAAAUUCUCUCUUCGGACAAGAAGAUCAUCAAAAUUUGGGAUCCUCGGGAUGGCAGUCCUUGGACGUCUGUGGAACCUGCUGUUGACAUUAACUCGGUAGCUUGGUGCAAAGACAGCGGAAUGAUCCUUACUGCCAACGAAGGACGCCAGCAGCAUGCAUUCUUCAUUCCUCAGCUUGGACCGGCCCCAAGAUGGUGUUCAUUCUUGGACAACCUUGUUGAGGAGAUGGCAGAAGACCCCAACGAUCCUAACGCAUUUAGCACCGGCCAGGCAGCCUCUGUGUACGAUAACUAUAAGUUCUUGACGGUUCCUCAACUGCGCACAUUGAACUUGGAGCAUUUGAUUGGCAGGACCAAUCUCCUGCGCCCUUACAUGCACGGUUACUUUGUGGCUCAACGCUUGUAUGAGGAAGCUAGAUUGAUCACUAAUCCAUAUGUUUGGGAAGAGGAACGUGCGAAGAGAGUCAAGGAGAAGAUUGACAAAGAGCGUGAGAGCAGAAUCAGAGGUAAGAAGAAGGCCGCUGUCAAGGUCAACAAGAAGUUGGCCGAUAGAAUUAUGGCCAUCGAGGAGAAGAAUGAACGUCGGAGGGCACAGCGUGUAUUGCAGAAGGGCGGUGACGAGAACAUGGUCGAUGCGCCAACCGAGAAACCCGGCCAAGGUCUUAUGGACGACAGCCGUUUUGCUAAGUUGUUCGAGGAUGAAGACUUCGCCGUCGACGAAACGUCCCAUGAGUUCAAAAUGCUCAAUCCUAGCACUCUCCCCAGUGACCCCAAGAGGAAGGAGCGAGGUCUCACGGCUGUCGAACAGGAAGAAAUCGAUGAAGUUCCCGGCUCAAGCACCGACGAGUCUGCGAGUGAAGAAGAACAAUUCGCCAAGGAGAAGUCUUCUGGCAAAAUUUCAACAUCCUCGUACAAACGUACCAAUCGCGCCCAGCAGCCCCGGAUGCAGGUUUCUUCUUCCAGUGCUGUCAACUCUACUCGCGACCGUUCGUUUGGGUCUAGGGCCCAGAACAUGCGGACUAAGGAGAAGCCAUCGCGUCGUAGGGGCGUGGUUGGUGAGAGGGAAAUGACGUUCAACCCCCAAGUCAAGUCAAAACAACCUAGGGCUCCAGCACCAUCUCAAGACACAGGCUUCAAAUCGAAAGAGAGACGCAGUGCCUCUGGUAACACUUUCCGAAGGAUGUGAUUUUGAGGGAUUCAGUGAAAUCUUGUUAGGGAGUUCCCGCACUUCUAGCUAAGAGGAACAUCCUAAAAGUUCUAUUGUCGCAUGGGCUUUAGUUGUGCAGAGGCUAUGUCUUCGCGCCAGGGUCUAUUGGAACGGGCCGUGAGGAGAGGGAUUUUCUUUCACGACGUCUUUUGCAUGAACUUGUUCUGAUAUUCAGAAAAAUUACCGGUGCACCAGCGUCCCAGCAUCUAUCAGCGGGACGCGUCAGGUCUUAAUUAUUGGCUCGAGGGCAAUACCAUGGGGGCUCAUAGGAUUAAGAGCUUCAUACAGAUACCCUGUGUCUAUUAUAAUUUGACCUCACGGGUCUAUUAUACUAAGGCGUCUUCGCUGUCUCAAUGUUCCCAAAAUCUAUCCUAACGGAAAUUCUACCUACUUUCUGAAAUGAUCAGUCAGUGAGAUUGGCAAA